UCGACGACCCCUCCCCCGAGGAACGAUCCUCGAACAGAAACACUCGUAAUGGCGUGUGCGUCUAUCUCGUGUAUUUGCUUAACUCCGAUAAAACAUAAAAAAAAAUCCCUGUAAUCACCUGAAAACUGGGCGUAUUCGUACGUAGAACCCACCGAGUUGCAUUCCCCUCGUGAUUCCACUAUUCCAACCGGGAGUUGCAAAAAAAAUCUCCUUGGAAAAACAUCAGGAAUCCAUGGAAAACGUAUUUCGCUGCGUCCAGCGGUCUCUGGUUAUCGAACAACGACGAUACAAGAGUAAAAUCAACAUUCAGAAGCCCAGAAAGCCUUUUUACACGAGAGGUGUUUUCAAUGAGUUCGUCACACCGUUUUGGCCUGCACCACGCGAGCGAGCCCCACUCUGGGAAUUGUGUGGAAAUGUCAAGAAGGCACAGAAAAAAAUUGCGGAGCCCCAUCCCUACGAGAUGAUUCUGGCGAAGGAGUGCUUGAACUGGUACAACAACUCUAGAAUGAUUGCAUUUCUUCACAAGAAUUCCAUAAAGGCUGAGGAUGAGUUGGACCUCCGAAUUGCCUUGAAACGGGAGAACAUGUGUCUGAAGUAUUGGGAGGAAAAGAUAUCCACAUUUGCUCUCACGGGAACGCCAUAUGAAGCUGUUCUCCCAUUAUUCUGUUCCCGUGGUGUUAUCAUCUUCGGUCCCGAACCAAAUGUUGAAAAAUUGAGGAAAUGCAUCAAGCAAUGGCCCCAAUAUAUACUAAUGGCUGGUAUCCUAGAUGGUAGAUUGCUGAACGUUAACGAUUUUCUGAAGUACGGCAGUAUGGAUAUAACGUCAGCCAGAACGCAAUUGGUACAAACGCUGCAGUCAGCAGCUGGUGCUAAUCUGUGCAGACAACUGACACAUCAUCAAGAGACACUUGUCACACGUCUGGGACAGAUUGGUAAAGGGGAGACAAAGGAUCCUUUGCCAGAAACUUGAAUUUAAUUUAUCGUACUCUAGGAAUAAGAAAUUAAUAAACCAAUGUGACAAAA